CCUUUCGUAUAUUACAAGUGCUUCAAUGGGCAAGCAAACUAGACAUAUACAAUUGCCUACCACACCAACCUCAACAUCCUUCUCUCUAAUUUCACUUCCUGCACAAAAGUCAACCAUGGCUUCGUCACUUCCUCUUAUGGCCAAGACCCUGACAUGGCUCUCGCAGUUGGACUCUGCAGAGGAGAUGUGAAGCCUGAAACUUGCCAUGGUUGCAUCAGCAAAGCCACAAUCCUUCUCCCAAAGCUGUGUCCAAAUCAAAAGGAGGCAUUUGGAUACUAUGACUUGUGCGUUUUUCGAUACUCAAAUCCUUCCAUGUACGGGAUAUACCAAUACCCUGACUUCUACAACGCUUUUGGAAACCCAGAAAAAGUUGCAGCAGAUCAAAAUAAGUACAAAAAUGCGCUUGAUCGUCUAAUGCUAAAUCUUAAAAGCAUAGCUGCAGCUGGUGAUUCUCAUCGUAAGUUGGCUGUGGGAAAUGCAACAAUUGAUAAGUCUCGAACUGUUGUUUAUGGUCUUGCUCAGUGCAUGCCUGAUUUGUCCAAGGAAGAUUGCGACGCUUGCUUACUGAAGGCUGUCUCGGAUAUAUCAGUAUGUUGUCAGGAUAAGGUUGGCGGUAGAGUUAUCAAAUUCAGCUGCAAUAUAAGAUUUGACCAUUCCUUUUCUAUGAUCCUACAGCUAUUGAUUCAUCAAUACAAUUAUCAUUGCCCACCAAUGCUGUUCUUGCUCUAUCUACCAAUGCAACUUCCUCACAAGGAGAAAGAGGAAGCACUGGCUUAUCACUAAUUGUUGUCAAGAUUAUUGUCCCCAUUAUCAUUUCAAUGAUCCUUUCUUGUUUGGUGGGUUGCUAUUUGCUAAGGAGGAAAACAAGGAAGAGCAGCCAGUCUAUUUUCAAAGAGAACUGUAAUCUAUAUUGUUUUUUCAGUUUUAAACUAAAUAAUGUUUAUUUCUGAUCAUAGCAUGCUUACAUUGAUAUUGGCAUAUACUGAACUAGUUGGAGAAGAGAGUUCAAACAUGAAAUCCUUGCAAUUUAGCUUGGCAACAAUUGAAGCCGCAACAAAUAAGUUUUCUGAAGCAAACAAAAUAGGAAAAGGAGGAUUUAGAGAAGUUUUCAAGGUAACAUGCUAAACUUAACUACAAAAACUAAUUAUAUAACUGCCUAAUAAUUUGAUUAAGCAUUUUAGGGUAUUCUUCCGGAUGGACGAGAAAUUGUUAUCAAGAGGCUCUCAAAAAGUUCCAUGCAAGGAACAUUAGAAUUUACGAAUGAAAUUUUGCUUACAGCCAAACUCCAACAUAGAAAUUUGGUGAUGUUGUUGGGAUUUUUCUUGGAAGGACAAGAAAAAAUUCUUAUUUGCGAAUAUGUGCUUAACAAGAGCAUUGAUUUCUUCUUAUUCGGUAUAAAACUUCUAACAUUAUUUUCAUAUUGUGGUUAAAUCUCUAUGCACAUCAUUUAUAUGAAUUUUUCCUACUAAUUUGUUGCUUCUAUUUAUUUUAAUAAUUAUUUGACUAUUAAUUAUAUAGAUUUUGAGAAACAAAGAUUACUCAAUUGGUUUGAGCGUUUCAUAAUUAUUGAAGGAAUUGCACAAGGACUUUCUUACUUGCAUGAACAUUCUCGGCUUAAAGUUACUUAUUGUGACUUCAAAUCUAGCAAUGUUUUAUUGGAUAACAAGAUGAAUUUAAAAAUAUCAUAUUUUGGUAUGGCAAGAAUUAUUGCUAUAGAUGAAGCCCAUGGGAGCACAAAUAAAAUUGUCGGUACAUAGUAAGUCAUGAUACCCCUCCUUCCUAGCUUGCUAUAUAUGAGAAACAAAAGGAGAUUCUAUGUAUUUUGUACGUGAACAUUGCUUCAUAUGUCCUAUUUAUUACCAUUAUGAGUUUUUUUAUAUUCCCUCAUUCAUUGGUAAGCUGACCUUUUUGAAUGCUUUUGAUUUUAUACUAAGUCUGACAGCUUUUGUUUUCAAUUUUGUAGUGAUUAUAUGGCUCUUGAAUAUUUAAUGUAUGGACAAUUUUCUAAAAAAUUUGAUGUGUUUAGUUUUGAAGUUAUAAUUUUAGAAGUGCUAAGUGGAAAGAGGAAUGCCACAACAUAUGAUACAUAUCUCUUAACCAAUGUGUGGAAGUUGUGGAAUGAGGAAAAACCAUUGCAAGUAUUGGACCCUUAUGUGAUGGAAUCUUGUUGUGAAAUUGAAGCAAUGAAGUGCGUGCAGAUUGGGUUAUUAUCUGUUCAGAAAAAUCCGGAAGAUAGGCCAACAAUGAUUCAAGUUGUUUCAUAUCUAAGUAAUCUUUCCAUUAAAUUACCGUCUCCCAAAGAACCGCCAUUAUUAAUUCAUUUAAAGCCAACGAUGUCGACAGAAUUAUCUGAUUCCAAUCAAACUUUUCAAUGAUCCAAUGCAGCCUUAAAUGGAAUAUCUAUCACUGAGAUCUUGCUUCGAUGAAAUUAGAUUUAUCUUUUGUUAUUUUUAAUAACAAAUAGGCUUUGCCAAUAGCAGACUGAGGGUAAAAGGGUAAGCCUCUCCUAAGUUGAGACAUAUACAAGGGUAAAUGGUAGAUUCGUCUUUUUCCGUACUCACAUACGUUCAUUUA